UGACAAAUGUCACAAUAUAAAAUAUAAAAUGGUUGGUGGUUAUCGGCGUUUCACAGGAAAGUUUGAUUAAAUCGAUGAAUAAAUUAUCUUUUUAUUCAAUAUAUGAAAUACACAGCAAAAACAUUUAAUUUUUCCUGAUUUACUGGUAUAUUUGCGAAUGUUAACAAAUAACUUCUGUAGUGAAUUGUCUUUUAGUGUUUUUUAGUUGGAAAUAAAGAUUAAAAUACAUAAUCUACAAGAAUUUUUCGGGAGUAAAAUUGUGGAUAAAUCCUCAGUUCUGGUGUAUGGAGUUUUAAUAAAAGUGAUGAUGGGCAACAUCUAAUUGUGAAGAUACGAUAACCACAGAAGAAGACAAAAAUGUCUUUCAACAGAGGGGGUUACUCGCGGGGAAGGUCUCGCGGUACAGGCUUUGAAAGGGGAAGAAGUGAUAGAGGUUACAUACCUCGUGAAGCAGAAGAGCGCAGUCGACCAUAUGGUUCUGGUAGCGAAAAACGUGAAACAAUGCCUGAGGCCAGAGGGUACAACUCUUUUAAUUCUGGCACAGAUAACAGGAAGUACAGCUAUUCUAAUCCUGCUACAGAUAGCAGAAAUCCAUCUCGUGGAAGAGAUAUAGAUGAAGGGCGAAGGGAGUCUAAUAUUUCUCGUAAAAGAAGUCCUUAUGAUCAAGAUCGAGCUUCGCAUUCUUAUAGGGAACGUGAUUCUCGCGAAAGAAAUACUUUUGCCAGUGAAAGAAAGCCUUUUACUAGUGAACGAAAGGAAACCUAUCGUGAAACUCGAGGAAGAAGCCCCUUCGGCCGUGAAACAAGUCCACUGCAUCGUGGAGUCCGCGAAAGAAGUCCCUUCAGAGGUCAAAGAAAUGAAAUUCACCGUAAUACCCGCGAGAGAAGUCCAUUGCAUCGUGAAACUCGGGGAAGAAGCCCUUUUGGUCGUGAAAGAAGUCCAAUGCAUCGUGAAAUCCGCGAAAGAAGUCCCUUCAGAGGUCAAAGACAUGACAGUCGCAGUAAUGCCCGUGGAAGAAGUCCAUUCAGCAAUGAGAGAAGUCAAAUCCAGAAAGAAACCCGUAGGAGAAGUCCUAAUGGUUCUGUCAGCGACAGGAGUCAAUUUCAUCACGAAAACCGAGUAACAAAUACUUUUGCAAGUGAACGAAGUCCGUUGCAUAGUGAAAGGAACCGAGGAAAUUCUUCAAGGGAAAGGACACAAUUUCAUCGUGAAACCUUUGAAACGAACCCUUUCGCAAGUGAAAGGGCUGCUUUCAGUAAUGAAGGCAGUCAAUCAUAUCCUGGAUCUGUUGGACAAAGUUCUUUCAGUCAGUCAUAUCCUGAAACUUUUGGACAAAGUUCUUACAGUCAGUCGUAUCCUGAAACUUUUGGACAAAGUUCGUAUGGUAGUGUUAAUCCUUUUACUAGCGAACAAAGGCAAUUGCCUUAUGGAAACCAGGAACGAAACCCUUUCCCAAGUGGUAUUAGUAAUACGCAUGGUGAAAACCAAGGAAGAAAUCCUUUCGUCAAUGAAAGAAAUCAAUUUCAACCUAAAAUUGAUGAACUAGGUUCUAUCAGCAGCAAGAAAGAUCAAUUGCAUGGCGAAUCAACUUUUAACGAAGAGGAUGAUGAGGAGGACGAUUUUAACGAUGAGGAGUUAACUACAUCACAAGGUGUUGAAGGAUGUUCAAACGACUACCUUUCUAAUUUUAUGAUUGUAGACGAGGACAUCGUAAGAAAGACAGUGGUAGUUCCUGUAGAAUAUCCAGAAGUACGAUUGUCGAAAUUUGACAUGACAGUUCUAAAAGCUUUAUUAAAUACAAACAUUGCACAUAUGGCCGAGAAAGGUAUUGUAGGGCUAAGCAUUGAACGUGCUAUUAAUCGCAAAGGAGCAUGCGUCAUCACAUGUAAAGAUCCGUAUACAAAAGAGUGGUUAGAUGCUCUAAUCCCUCAGUUAAAGACUAGCAGUGGUAAAAGCCUAAGAACUGGACAUCUCAGGGAAACACUCUGGUCGGGAGUUAGAGCCACCUUGUGGCUUCCUAAAGCAGAUGGUGCAAACGCUGACAUUAUUAUUAAAAAAUUGGGAAAAGAAAAUCCCGGUCUAGACACCAGACAUUGGAUUAUAAAAAAGAGGAAGAAGAAAAAGAAUGGUCUACUUUUAUAUAUAAACGAGAACGAUGUCGUUAAUCUGCAAAAAUUCAACAUGCAACCUCUAUUGGAUGGUAAAAAAGUGAGAAUAUCAGUCUAUACUCCCAGAUUAUAAACUAGAUGUUCUCGGAUUAAUUGAUAAAAUAAAAUGGCAGUUGCCUUCUCCAACAAGAUGUAUGGAACCAUAGAGUAGAGUUUUAAUAGAUCAUUGUAUUUCAAGACAAAAAAAAGUUGGUUUUUUUUAUAUAAAAAUAAUAAUUGUAUUACAUAAUAUGUUGUAAAAUUCGUAUCUAUUCACAUUGUAUUUAUAUAUAAAUAAAGAAGGUAGCAGCAGAAAA